CAUUUUGGUUCAAAUACUUUCCGACUCAUUGAACUCGAACGAGCUUGCUUGCUUGAGUUCUUGUGUCGAAAAAAUGUCAAGUUCAUCCAGCGAUGGGCGCAGAUGGAGGGCCUGUUGCGACAGGCUGUGCCACUGCUGCAGACGGGCGAGGUACGAGAACGGCGUCGACCGUUUCACACUUAGGUUCGAAGACCCGAUGCAAGAGGCGGGCUUUGCGAAAGCCCACAAGGCGCGGCUGUCCCACCGCGUAUUGGUGAUGAUGGCCCUCUUCACCGUUGUAGGCAUCAUGACAAUCAUGUCCCAAAUAUUUUUGGACCAGGACCAGAACGCCAUGACUGAGGCUCGGGAGCUCAGCAGGUUGCAGACGAUCUUGUACUUCGCCUUGAUGGUGUCCGUAAACUUGGGCCUCGGCUUUGGGACGCUGUUUGCCAGGUGCAAUCUUAUUGGCACCCUGGGCUUGGAGAUCGCCGUCGUGAUUACAUGCAGUAUCGUCUUGAUCGCGAUGCCACUGAUCACGAAGCACUACCUCGCGCGAGCGUUCGGCUACGACGACACGAAGGCUAUAUGGGGCGUGGAUAUGAGCCCCACCGACGGUACCCUGGUGCUGUACAUCGACUGUGUAGUCACCGCUGUGCACCUCCUGGUGCCUGUACGCUGGGUGGUCCUCGCGCCGCUUGAGGCGAUCGCAUUCCUGGCGUACGCCGUGCCUGCGCUGACGCUCGGCAGCCCCGCCGUGCAGAUAGCCCACGGUGCCCUGGUGGGGCUCCUGGCGCUCACCGUGUUCGCGGCCCUCGGGAAGCGGGCCUUCGAGAGGCAGGAGCGCGCGAUGUUCAAGGGGCUCCUGGCGGAGAAGCAGAUGCGCUUCCAGGCGGAGUUCCAGCUGUCCAGGGUGGACCGCGGCGAGUCCGCGGCGGGCCGCGAGGACGUCGGCUCCUCACGAUCUGUAACCAUGUCGUGCCCGGAGACGACCAAGAGCGCCUUGGUCUUCGACGGCUGCGGCGUGGAUGGCGAGUCGAUGGGCCAGAUACGCGCCAUAGGCCUGCGGGAGCAGUGGCUCAUCGCCAACGGCGAAGUGGAACUCGUGUCCGACAGGGUUCUCGGUGAGGGUGGUUUCGGCAUCGUUGUGGCAGGCUUGUACCACAACACCCUGGUGGCGGUGAAGGCGCCGAAGGAGGGCAUCGUGCGAGCGGCCCUCCCCACGCUGUGCAACGAGCUGAAGAUCCUUCGCCGCCUCCGCCAUCCCAACAUCGCGUCCUUCUACGGAGCGUGCAUGGACGCUGCCCUGAACAAGCUGUGCCUGGUGCUCGAGUUCGUGGAUGGUGUGUCCCUCGGCUUUUUCAUCCGCGGCCUGUGCAGAGGCCCCGAUCAGCCCGAGGACUCGUGCGGCCGUGCCGGGGCUCUGGACCGAAGCGCCUCCGCGCGGCCUUCGAUCGUCUUCGAUAUCCUGAACGUGCUGCGCUACCUGCACUCGAGGGAGCCUGCUGUCGUCCACGGCGAUCUGAAGGAUUCCAACAUCUUCGUGGAGGAGCGGCUCAGCAGGAGUGGGCGAACGUCGUUCCACGCCAAGCUCCUCGACUUCGGCCUCUCCCGGAUCAUCACCCGACGCGCCAAGCCUCUGGGCGGCACGUUGCGGUGGAUGGCGCCAGAGCUGGUCUUGCAGCAUGCCGUUCCACCAGACACCGCCGCCGAUUGCUACUCGUUCGGACUGCUUACGUACUUCAUCGUGACAGGGAGCUUGCCCUUUGAGGGCGCGAACGCGGAGCGGAUGCUGAAGCGGCUGAGGCACGGCCAGUCGCCGAGCCUGUCGUGGCCCGAGCCCGCCGACGAGCUCACGCAGGCCUGCCGACUAGUGGUGGAGCAGUGCACCAAGCCGAUGCCGGCCCUGCGCCCCGCGGCCCAGCAGAUCAGCAACGAUUUGACCACUAUGCUGAACAAUGUUGUGGAGGAGGCGUUGGACACGGCGGUGGAAGCUCUCACACCUGGAAAGGCCAGCCGCGGGGGCACGACGCCGCCUGGCACGAGGUCGCCUGGCAGGACCGAAGCGUGCGAUUCGGACGGCCCAGCGUGCAAGGGUCUCGCGGAGUUCAGCGGCGUGGUGGAGGUGAGGCAGGCCAGCAGCUCCAGCAGCCGCUCACUCGUGCCCAACAUGGGCUCCAGCUUCUUUCCCCCAGUGCCCGAGCAUGGCUUGCUGCAGCCAGGAGGGGCCACAGAUGGCGCCGCGGCGGAGCUGUCCAGCAGUCCUGGGAAAGAGCGAGGGCAGCUGGCCAACCCGCAGUACCAGCCGACGCCGCUGAGCACGCAGGUCCUAACACUGUCGUAUUUGCUGAUGCAGUGGAACGUUCCAAUGCCGAAAGGCAUCUGUUGCUGGCUGCACGGCUCCCUGGUCACCCUGGACAAGGUGCGGAACGAGCUCGGCCGCAGGCCGUGCAGCAUGCGGCAAUGCGGCAUUCACUGUGGCCAGUGUGACACUUGUGGGCUGCUGUUGAUGCAGGGCAUGUCCGUCUGCGAGUUCUGCGAGGUCCCAGGGUCCAGCAUUCCGAGCACGACGUUCGUCUGAGCCAGCCUCUGCCGACCCGCGGCACUCACGGGCGAGGGCGCACGGUCGGCCGCUUGCAGAUCGCGAGCGUCGCGGCAUCUGCCUCGACAGUUUGAAACUCGAGGCCCCCCGCUUGCGGUUAACUUGUAGCCAUCCUGGCGAAUAAUCCAGAAUCCAGACUCCCUUGGGCUCUCCCUGAGGAUUGCUCGAUUCCCAGGACCAGAAUUUUAUUGACCGCCGUCGAGAUUGCUGCCAUCUAUCGAAAAUACCAGGCUAAUAUCUGGUCUCGCGGCAUUAUCGAAGACGCCCAUGGCUCGGAGCACGCACUAUAUCAGGUGAUGCAUUCUGCUGACCAUUGUGACUCUUGGGAGUUUACUUGGGGCGUCGAGUUGCAGCUCAGGUGUGCGGUGUGGCAUGAUGUUCCACUGUCACGACGCUGGUGCAGAGUGCUUUUUGACGCUGUUGUCGCGCCCCUUUUUUCCGAUUCUCGCCAGUUGUCAUGUCGCCAACAUCGCAGUUUUGCAUUGGCAGAGAUCCACGCAAACAUUGGCUGCAGCACAUCUGCAAGGGCAGUGCAGUGACAGUGGUUUCUCCCGUGAUGUCAGCAUGGGUGCCCGCGGUCCUGCCUGCCUCCUCCAGGCUCCUCCUCCUCCUCCUCCUCGACCAUUUCUCUGUCGAUUCUGCUGUGUUUUGGGAGAUUCGCAGAUUUGUUCACUGCGUUUUCCACUGGAGUCGAUUUUUCCAGCUUGUCUUCACUGCAACAAUUGGCCAAGCUAUACACCAAGGCGCC